CUUUAAAAGCCACCUGAUUGAGCGAAAUUCACUCUUCCAAAACUAUUUAAAAGAUAGUGGGUCCAAAAUAUAAACAACAUUGUUGCGAUUUCGUUGGGGGCGUGGCCGCAACAACUCCGCUACAGUGCAACAACAACGCAGCACUCGGAGAUCAGCCAAAGAAGAGGAAAAGUGGGAAAAGCCAGGAAAAUCGAACGAAAUGAAGAGCAACGUUAACCAGGGCGGUUACGCCCCACCCGGCUUUGGAUCCGGAUAUCAGCCAAAUGCUCCGCCCGCCGAGGGAUUCGGAUACCCACCGACGCCCAGUGGCAUCCACUCCGUUCCCUAUCCUCCGGUUUCGGGUCACCAACAGCAGCCGCCGCCCGUGAAUUACGGCUUUUCGCCAGGUCCCCAGCAAGCCGGUUACGCUCCAGUUCCUCAGAUGCCGCCGUACGGAGAGACACCGCCUUAUGGAGCCGGACAACCACCUUAUGUGGGUGGGGGAGGAGGUCAACCACCCUACGUAGGUGGUGGAGGAGGUCAACCACCUUACGUGGGUGGUGGAGGUGGUCAACCGCCCUACGGCGGACCACCUCCGCAGGCUUUCGGAGGAUAUCCCCCUGGACCGGCAGGACCUGGUCACGCAUUCGGAGGAUAUCCACCGGGACAGCCGCAACAGCCCAUUAUCACGCAGCCGGGAAUGGGUCCAGGAAUGGGUCCGGGAAUGGGUCCCGGAAUGCAACCUGGAGUGGCACCAGGCGGACCAGCAGGAGACUGGAUGAGUAUACCCAGCGGAAUUCCGAACUGUCCGCGCGGAUUGGAGUACCUUACGACUAUCGACCAGCUUUUAGUUAAGCAGAAGGUCGAGCUGCUCGAGGCCUUCACCGGUUUCGAGACCAACAACAAGUUCUCGAUCAAGAACGCUCUGGGCCAGAAGGUCUAUUUCGCGGCGGAGGAUAACGAUUGCUGUACGCGCAACAUUUGCGGUCCUUCGCGUCCUUUCGACAUGCGGAUCUUCGACAACUUCCAGCAGGAAGUGAUCCACAUGCACCGGCCGCUGGCCUGCUCCUCCUGUCUGUUCCCCUGCUGCCUGCAGAGCAUCGAGGUCUCGGCACCGCCCGGCAACGUCAUCGGCUCCAUCGAGCAGGAGUGGUCCAUCUGCUCGCCCUCGUUCCGGAUCCUCAAUCACCUCGGCGACACGGUGAUGCGCAUCGAAGGACCCUUCUGCACCUUUUCGCUCUGCGGCGACGUUGAGUUCAAUGUUGUGUCGCUUACUGGCGAGAAGGUCGGCAAGAUCUCGAAGCAAUGGUCUGGACUGGCGCGAGAGAUUUUCACGGAUGCGGACUUCUUCGGCAUAAGUUUCCCAAUGGACCUGGAUGUGCGCAUGAAGGCCGUUUUGCUGGGUGCCACAUUCCUCAUUGAUGCCAUGUUCUUUGAGAAGUCCGGCAACAGGGAGACCGAUAGACCCGGAAUGCUCUAGGAAUCUUGUGGUGGCUUGUUCUGCGAAUGUUUAUGCGAGGUGGCUGGCCUUCUUUGCGAAGCCGGGUGCUGUACGGAGGACUAAAUGUUGUGCCUUUUUUUUGAUUUGCCGCUUUAUCCAAAUAUCUUCCCUGUGAACUGUCGCGAACUAGUCUUCUGUACCAAAUGCUUAUUGAACCCUUUGUUAUUUUUGAUAAUCAAACCUAUUCAACUCAGGCUUCCUUUAUAGGACAUCGCCAGUAUAUUGUUAAGUUAUUAAGCAUUUUUGCUAUUUCGCCUCAUCAACGAAUUGUAUUCAACGACAAAUCUGAUUCACUCAUGAAUUUACAACGAUGCACACUGAAGCAAAAACUAACUAACGGAUUGCUCGUUAUUAAACCAUGUACUUUAAACUGUAUUUUCUUAUAUAUAGAAACAUAUAUAUACCAGUGUUUAUUGUUAAGCUGUCAGGAAAUUUAUAAUAGACGAAAUCUAUGUUUUCUUUUUAUGUAUAAUGGUCAAAUAAAUCUUGAAAAUUAUAUUA